AUGGCAAGUGGAACCAAAUGCGCCCACGUUGACUACCACGUAGCAGCCGAAGGUUACGGUGGCAAUGUAGGUUUUCUUCUCGAGAAGGAAUCCGAUAUAGAAGAUGUUCUGAGUAUGGCCCGUACGGCCGCAUUGCAGUGUCGUGGCCCAGUACUUAUUAAUGCUAUGUUGUCCAGCAGUGAUUUUAGAGAGGGCAGCAUCUCUUUAUAG